AAUAGUAAAAUAUGUUUUUAUUCUUUAAAUCAAUCGACUCAUUAAAUUCCGAAAAACUCAUUAUACGCAGGUAUGUUAAUACAUAUACAUAUAAAAGCGUGUAUUCCGCCAUCCGAUCGCUUAUGCGAAUUUUUAGCAAACAAUUUGGGAAAAAAAUGCAAAAUUUAUAAGAACCAGCUGCGUAAAUUUGCCAAUAAUUUGCUUACGAAAGUCGCGUGGUUCUAAACGCCUAUAAAAGCCACUGCCGCCAGCCAUCUGCAAUCCCAAAUCUGACAACCCAAGAUGAAGGCAACUACUAUCUUAUCCACCAUCCUCGUCCUGGCGGCCUGUCUUUUGAGGAGCAGCGAGGCGGUAACCUGCACCGCUGACGACACUGUCGCAGGAUGCAUCAACUGCACCACCAAUCCAACCGAUGCCGAGUGCGUGGCCGAGGCAGCCGCCGCCACCACCACCACCACCACAACCACAACUGCAGCAACGCCCACCGCCACAACCUCAGCGACGGCGACGACCACAGUGGCCUCCAGCACCAACUCCUCCUCUGGACGGCGCAAGAUCGUGCGCAUAACCAAUCUGCGCUAUACCAAUGUUAGGAGCAUCCGCGUCAACCGGAACCGUUCAGGGAGCACCACUGGCCGGAAUCAGCGGCGCAGGAACAACUCCAGACGUGUCAACGUGAGGAGGGCCAACGGAAACGUAGUUGUUGUUGGUUAAUCACAAUCCUUCUUUUUAAUAAAACGCUCAACAAGAAAUGGAUUUGUAAUAGUACAUA